AUGGUGGUGAAGAAUUCACAGAGGAGACAACGGGAUUUUCUGACUCAAGCCAAGCCAAAAUCCGGUUUAAACAUCUCAAUCCCUUUGAGGAUGUCCAGUUACAUAUUCAAGAGACCAGUCACUAGAAUUACUUCCCAACCUGGCAACGAAGUCAGGUGCCAUCAGUGGGAGGAGAACUUGGAAAAGCCUCAGCAGGUUUGUUGGCAGAAGAGGCUCCAGGGACUCCAGGUCUACAGCAGCACAGGGGAACUUUUCAGUACUUUGGGUCUUGCCAAAGCGCUGCAAAAAAUUACACCGAGUUCCACAGGUGAUUCCCUGCCCCCGGGAUUUGCUUGUGAUCUGCCCUCUGUCUCCGUAAAUACUCCUAGCCCAUCUUCAGAUUUGGAAAGGAUGACCCCAGGAUCCAGUUUUGAUAUCUGACAGCUCCUCUGCAAACCAUUUCUGGUAACCGAUGAAGAUAUUAGGACACAGGAAAGAACAGUGCGGACGGCAAGGGAGAGAUUGGCAGUAGCACUGAUUGCAGACAGGCUUGCUAGUGAGGCAGAGAAAGUAAGGGGCCAAGAAGGAUGUCCUGAAAAAUAUUAA